UUAUAACGAUGAAGUUGGAAGAUAUAAAACAAUUUUAUUAUCAAGGUUCUUAUCAGACUCUAAUUAACGCAGUUGACAGCAAUAACUUGAAUGACUUAGAUGAUCGUAUUAAAUUUAUAUACUCAAUUUUAUCACAUUUAGCUUUGAAGAAGGAUUUACCUUCAAUAGACUCUGAGCUAUCUCAAUCUCACAUUGAAUUAGCUGUCAUACAAUCUUAUAUAGAUUAUAUCACUAAUAAAGAAAAGGUAGAAAGUUUAGAUAAGUUAAGGGAUUAUUUGAUAGAGAUUGAAUCUGAAGAUCAUCAAUAUAAGCACUUAUUUAACGUUUUAGCUGCUACCAUCUUCUGGAAAUCAGGUGAAAUUGAGGAAGCCUUAUCUACAUUAAAUGCAGGUCAAGGUGUUAAAGAUGUUGAAUCCGUUGCACUACUCAUACAGAUUUAUAUUUCAAUCUCUAGGCUUGAUUUAGCAAAGAAUGAGUAUCAGCACGCCCGCAUAUGGGCAGACGACCAUUACUUAAUUCAAUUAUCUGAGGCUUGGUUGGGUCUAGCAGGUACAUCAACUUCAACAAACUCAAGUUACGAACAAGCUUAUUACGUUUUGGAAGAAUUACCUGAUAGAGACGAACCAUAUAACAAAUUGCUUCGAGCUAUCGCACACGGCGCACUUCAACAUUUUGAGGAAGCACAAGUUGAAUUAGAUAGUAUCAACUCAGAAGAUGAAUACAGUAUCAUGAAUGAAAUCGUCAUAUCAACUCACUUAAAAAACAAGGAUACCAAUGAAUUAAUUUCAAGAUUAAGUUCAAUAAACCCAGAUAACAUCUUAGUAAACGAUCUCAAGAGGAAGAGCGCAGAAUUUGAUCAGUUAUCAAAACAAUUUGUAUAAAAUCAAGUUUAAAUGAAUUUCAAUUUUCUAAAUUAAUUUAGGCAAUACCAGCGUCUUUGCUAGCCUUAAGAAUUGCAGCACCAAUUUCACCUGGUGAUUCAACAACAACUGCACCUGCAUCUCUAAGUGCAUUAAUCUUUGUCUCAGCUUUACCAACACCACCACCUGAGAUAACUGCACCUGCGUGACCCAUUCUACGACCAGGUGGAGCUGAAACACCAGCGAUGAAACCGACGAUUGGCUUGUUAUGAACGUUGUUCUUCUUAAUGUACUCAGCAGCUUCCUCUUCUGAUGAACCACCAAUUUCACCAAUCAAAACGAUAGAUUCAGUCUUUGGAUCAUGAAGCAAAAGUUUCAAAGCAUCGACGUGAGUGGUACCUGGGAAUGGAUCACCACCGAUACCUAAACAGAUAGAUUGACCCAAACCAACUUCGGUAGUUUGUUGAACGGCUUCAUAAGUCAAAGUACCUGAUCUUGAUACGAUACCGACUUUACCUGGUGUGUGGAUAUAUCCAGGCAUGAUACCAAUUUUACAGCCAUCUGGGUUGAUAACACCUGGGCAGUUAGGACCAAGCAAACGUGAUUUUGAUUGUUGGCGGAGUACGUGAGCUACCUUGAUCUCAUCUGCUUGAGGGAUACCUUCAGUGAUAGCGACGAUCAAACCGAUUUCGUUUUCGAUAGCUUCAAUGAUAGCAUCUGCAGCGAAUGGUGGUGGAACGUAAAGUACGGUUGCGUCAGGGUUGGCUUCACGAGCUGCCUCCUUGACAGAUCCGAAAACAGGCAAUCCGAGGUGCUCAGUACCAGCUUUUGAAGGGCUAACACCUCCAACCAUGUUGGUACCGUAGGCGAGUGCUUCUCUACAGUGGAAAGUGGC